AUGUUCACCAAUAAAAGGAGGUAUUUUGGAAUUAACCUACCUGUGUUUUCAAUAUUAGGGUAUAAAGAUAAGGUUUAUUUUGCUGGUGGUGGAGGUGGCCAGAAAGUAGGCCUAAAAAAUUCACUUCUAGUGUAUAAGAGAGGUAUGCCUGCCAAUAGAUUAAGCAAUAUCAUCAAUGACUAAGAUACAGGAGAAGAUUUAUUACAGCGCAUGAACUUGAAUUUGAAAUUUGAAAUAGUUGUUGCUUGUUCUGAUGGAAAUGCAAUUUUUUAUAAACUAAAUAAUGAAAAUGGAAAUUUGAAUGAAUUAUGCAGAGUUAAAGCAGACUUUACAGAACCAGAUCCACCUUCUCUUAAUGAUGCAAAAAUGAACGAUCAAGGUACUUUAGUUGCUACAGGCGGUGAUGAUAGCAUAGUUAGGAUUUGGGAUUGCUAAUAUGACAAAAACAAUAACGUUUUAAAAGUUUCUAAAAAAUUCGAAUUAGUAAGCCACACAGCUCCUAUAAACUCUGUAGAUUUUCACCUUACUAAACCUCUAAUUAUUUCAGCUAGCGAUGACAAAUCUUGCAGAAUAUUUAAUUUAGAAAAUAAGUAAUUAAUCAAAAAAUUAACUCUUGGAGGUGGUUCUCACGACCUCAACUUGAAGUUUUAUAGUGCUUUAUUUUCUUUUGAUGAGAAAUUUAUUUACACAGUUGCUAACCCAAGUAGAGGUUCUUCUUACUUGACAAAAUGGGAAAUGGAUUCUGAAAAUGUUACCCCAGUUGUCACCAUUAAAGCACACCAUUAACCAAUCAGUGCUUGCACUAUGAGCAAAGAAGGUUUGUUUAUUGGACUUGGAGGCUGCGAUGGAGCAGUGAAAAUAGCAAAUCUUAGAUAUAUGUCAAUUGAAGCUGAAUAAACUCAUUUAGAUAUGGUUGUAAAAGGUUUAGAUUUUACCGGAGAUUCUAGAUUUUUAAUUGCUGGUACUCCUGAAUCUAACUUUGAUGUACUCUAGAAUUUACGUCCAGAAGGUGGUCUUUCUAAAUUUUUUAAGCUUUGGGUCUUUUUAAUGCUGGUUUUCUGGAUUUAUUUGUAUGUUAAAGAAUCUAUUUUUGGUUGA